UAAUUAAUCAAUUUCUCACCUUCAAAGUUUUCUUCUUUGUUCAUCAACAAUUUUAUCAUUUUUCAAAUUACUUAUGUGCAAAAACACACACAAAAUAAAUAUAAAUAUACAAAAUAUUGUAUAUAUAUAUAUAUAUAUAUAUUGAUAUUUACAUGGUGUAUAUUUGUAUAAAGUUGUAUAUAUGUAUGUGUAGAUAGAUAGUUUUUUUUUUUUGGUGGAAUUGAAAAAUGGCACUGUUGAGGAAAUUGUUUUAUAGGAAGCCACCUGAUGGACUAUUAGAGAUCUGCGAGAGAGUUUACGUGUUUGAUUGCUGUUUCACCACUGAUGUUUGGGAGGAAGAAAAGUACAAAGAUUAUGCAGGAAAUGUGAUUACUCAACUUCGGGAUCAUUACCCUGACGCAUCAAUUUUGGUCUUUAAUUUUCGUGAGGGUAUGUCCCAGAGCCUGAUGGCUAAUAUACUGUCCGAGUAUGAUCUGACAAUAAUGGACUACCCUCGGCACUAUGAGGGUUGUCCCUUGCUUUCAAUGGAGGUGAUGCACCAUUUUCUAAGAUCGAGUGAAAGUUGGCUCUCACUCGGGCAACAAAAUGUGCUUUUAAUGCACUGUGAACGGGGUGGUUGGCCAGUUUUGGCAUUUAUGUUGGCUGCAUUAUUGAUAUAUAGGAAACAUUACACUGGAGAACAGAAGACCUUAGACAUGAUUUAUAAGCAGGCUCCUCGUGAGCUCUUGUACUUGCUGCAGCCACUGAAUCCAAUUCCUUCUCAGCUAAGAUACCUACAGUAUGUUGCCAGGAGAAAUGUAAACAUGCAGUGGCCUCCAUUGGAUAGAGCACUCACUUUGGAUUGCAUCAUUAUUAGGGCGAUACCUAAUUUUGAUGGCGAGGGUGGUUGCCGGCCAAUAUUUCGUAUCUAUGGACAGGACCCACUUCUAGUUUCUGAUCGAUCACCAAAAAUUUUGUUCUCAACUCCAAAGAAGAAUAAAUUUGUCCGUCAUUAUAAGCAGGCAGAAUGUGAAUUGGUUAAGAUUGAUAUCAAUUGUCAUAUUCAAGGCGAUGUUGUGUUGGAAUGUAUUUGCUUGCACGAUGAUUUGCAGCGGGAACAGAUGAUGUUUAGGGCCAUGUUUAACACAGCUUUUAUUAGGUCAAACAUUUUGAUGCUUAAUCGUGAUGAACUUGACACUUUAUGGGAUGCUAAAGAUCAAUUUCCAAAAGAUUUCAGAGCAGAGGUUCUUUUCUCAGAGAUGGACACUGCUGCUUCUGUUCUUCCUGUAGAUUUGUCCUGUUUUGAGGAGAAGGAUGGGCUACCAGUAGAGGCAUUUGCCAAAGUUCAGGAGAUCUUUAACUCUGUGGAUUGGAUAAAUCCGAAGGCUGAUGCCGCUCGUGAUGUGCUCCAACAAAUAACUACGUCAGGUUUAAUCCAGGAAAAUUUGGAAUCCACUCCUCCCCUGUCUCCAGACACUCGCAUGCUCGUUGAUCAAGCAAAUUUAGAGACGCCUGGAGAGAGGAAGGGACCUGCACCAGCGGACAAUAAUGCUAAGGGUUCGUCACCAUUUAUGUUGGAGCAGCAGUCUAUGUCAUCCAUCAAAUCAUCCUCCGAAGUACACCAAAGUGACCAACAGAAAGCUGAAGCUCAAUUUGUUGGGACCAAAAGUGAGAUGAAGGUGUCAAAAUUGCAGCCAUCAGUUUCUCUUUCAAAACCUUCUCCUGCUGACCUUAGUACCGAACCGAGUGCAUCUUCUGUGUCAUCACAAUCAUCUCUGUACGUGCUCCCAACGUCGGAACGUCCUCCACUUAUAAAAGAGUUGGAUCCUCAUGUUCGAGAAUGUGAUAAGAUGAAUGACUCUCCUUCCCUACCUGAAACCAGUAUGCCACACGUCAAGGCCACUGUUCCAACUUCACCUCCAUCCUCACCCAUACCUGGAAAGGAUCAGGGUAUUGGUAUUGGAGUAGUUCUAUCUCCUUCCUCAGUGGCGCCAGCUCCAUUCACUCCUCCCGUGAAAGAUCAAUUAGUUAGUGGAACUGUUCCUUAUGCAUCUCAGGCUACUCCACCCAGAACCCAAGGUCCUCCAAUUGAAUCCUUGAAGGAUGACAGGCCUACCAGUACAUCUCAACCAGAAACAUAUCUGCUUCCUCCAGCGGAGCAGCAGCCAGCUCAUGAAGGGGAACCUGCUUCACCUCCUCAUGUUACUGAAUCAUCUCUAUCUCCUCGCCCCAUGACACCAUCACCGCACACUCCUCCCAUGAAGGAUAUACUAGUCACUGGAACUGUACCUUUAGCAUCUCAGGCUACUCCACCCAGAACCCAAUAUUCUCCAAUUGUAUCCUUGAAGGAUGAUGGACCUACUACGUCACAAUCUGAUGCACCUCAGCUUCCUCGAACAGUGCAGCGGCCAGCUUAUGAAGGGGAAUCUAAAUCACCUCUUUUGUCAGCGAAACAGCUAGCUGAUGAAGCUGCUAAAAAGGAACCUACUCGACCUCUUCAUCCUUCUAAAAGUUGUCCUCCAUCUCUAGCUCCUAAUGCCUCUUCUCCAUCAGCUGCCACUCCCUUUAUCAAACCUUUAGAACAACCAUUAGUCCAGAGGAGUUAUUUUCCACCACCACCUCCAGAACAUCCAACCCCUCUAUUGAACGAGAAUGUUGCUUCUGUUGGUGGAUCACCUCAGCCACCUGCUCCUCCUACCCCACCUUUGAAGGGUCGUUCAGUUUUCAGGGGGGUGCCAUCACCUCCACCACCUCCUCCUCCUUGCGACUCAUACCCAUUAUUUACAACCCCUGCAUUAGACAAGAAUUCUGCCUGUAUUAGUGGACCAGUUGAACCAGUCCCAUCUUUGAAGGAAAGUUCAGCUUUUGGAUACAAGUCACCGCCACUACCACCACCUCCUCCUCCCCCACCUCCAUGCCAGUUAACUACAACCCAAACAUUGAGAGCAAAUUCUGCCUCUAUUGCUGAACCACCUCAACAUCCACCUCCACCUACUCCACCUUUGAAGGAAAAAGUUGUUCCCCAAACCAGAGUACCACCACCCCUGCCUCCACCUCUUCCUGGGCAGGGGAACUCCUCACUCAGGGGUGGACCCUCUCCACCUCCACCCCCUCCUUUGCCUGCAGCACAAGCUUCUAAGCCUGCGAAUAUAUCUGCAAUGCCAUCACCUCAACCUCCACCUCCGCCUACUCCGCCUUUGAAGGAAAAAGUUGCUCCCCAACCCGGAGUACCACCUCCCCCGCCUCCCCCUCUUCCCGGGCAACCUAUGAAGGAGAACUCCUCACUCAGAAGUGGACCCUCUCCACCUCCACCCCCUCCUUUGCCUGCUGCACAAGCUUCUAAGCCUGUGAAUACAUCUGAAAAGCCACCGCCGCUUCCUCCUCCUGCGUUGGGUUCUCCCCAGAGUGUUCCUUCCGCUCCCCCUCCUCCAGUCCCUUCUCUUGAGCCAGAUCUAAAAGCUGGUUCUGGUCUGAUACAGUCAGCAGCAAGAGGUAGUAAUCUCCCUACUACUCCAUCUCCACCCCCACCUUCUGCUCCUCCACUUGGCUUAAAGGGCCGGGGACCAUUAUCUCGUACCAUGAACUCAAGAAGUCAGUCAUCUAAGAAACUGAAGCCAUUACAUUGGUUAAAGAUAUCCAGAGCAGUCUCAGGAAGCUUGUGGGCUGAGGCUCAAAAAUGCAGUGAUGCUACCAAGGCACCAGAGAUUGAUAUAUCAGAGCUUGAAUCUCUCUUUUCAGCUGCAGUUCCAACUUCAGGACAAGACAGUUCAGGCGGGAAAAGGAAUUCAAGGACAUCAAUGGCGCAGAAGCCAGAGAAAGUGCAACUGGUUGAUCAUAGACGAGCUUAUAAUUGUGAAAUCAUGCUUUCUAAGGUGAAAAUACCACUGCAUGACAUGCUGAGCUCAGUGCUUGCACUGGAAGAUUCAGCACUAGAUGUGGAUCAGGUGGAGAAUCUCAUUAAGUUUUGCCCGACCAAGGAGGAGAUGGAAACUCUCAAGGCUUAUAAAGGAGAGAAGGAGAAGUUGGGUCGAUGUGAACAGUUUAUGUUGGAGUUGAUGCAAGUACCACGAAUAGAGUCCAAGCUGCGAGUUUUCUCGUUUAAGAUUCAGUUUGAAUCCCAGGUUUCUGAGCUAAGGAACAGCCUGAAUAUUGUGAAUUCAGCAGCUGAUCAGAUCAAAGGUUCAUCAAAAUUGAAAAGGAUUAUGCAAACAAUUCUCUCUCUUGGAAAUGCUUUGAACCAGGGAACUGCUAGAGGUUCCGCUGUUGGAUUCAGGUUAGAUAGCCUCCUUAAACUAACAGAGACACGUGCACGGAACAAUAAGAUGACUCUCAUGCAUUAUCUUUGCAAGGUACUUGCUGACAAAUUGCCUGAACUGCUAGAUUUUUCUAAAGAUCUUUCUAGCUUGGAACCUUGUGCAAAGAUACAACUGAAAUUUCUUGCAGAGGAAAUGCAAGCUAUUAGCAAAGGACUGGAAAAAGUUGUACAAGAACUGUCCAUGUCUGAAAACGAUGGAGUUGUGUCUGAGAAUUUCCGUAAGGCUUUGAAGGAGUUCCUAUGUUACGCUGAAGGUGAAGUGAGGUCCUUGGCGCAUCUUUAUUCUGGUGUGGGUAGAAAUGUAGACUCAUUGAUUCUUUACUUUGGAGAAGAUCCGGCUCGUUGCCCGUUUGAACAAGUUAUCACGACGUUAUUAAACUUCCGAAGGAUGUUCAAUCAUGCCUUAGAGGAAAACCGCAAGCAGCUGGAAUUUGAGAGAAAGAAAGCAGAGAAGGAAGCAUUGGAGAAGCAAAAGAUGACACAGAAAACUUGAACCCCGUCGGAAAUAAUGUACUACUUAUAUGAAAGCAUCCACAUGUCUUCAUACAAGAAGGAAACUUUUCUUUGUCAAGGCAAAGCUUCGCCGAGAUUGAAGAUUUCAUGGAGGAGCGAGAAAUCAGUUAUCUGACGGGUAUAAAGAACGAUGUACAUUUUCUGCAGAAAAGCUGGAUAUACGUUGGAGUAGGUUCGAAUGCCACCCACGGAGUUCUUGAUUCUUGUUUAGGAGAGAAUCUGAUGCAUAUGGAAUUACUUUGGGGCGGUAGGCUAAUUGUACAUAUUUAUUAUUAGGAAAAGAAUGUAGAAAUUCUUGGAUAAGAUUUUUUAUUUUUUUUUUAAAAUAUUUUUUAACACAAUUUAUUUUCCAUUUUUUUUUUUCAGCUGUUAGUAGUUCAGUCUUAGUUUGUUGUCAUCACCCUAUUACCAUAUCUUUUUGUAUCUUUAAUUUUUUGUUUCUUUAAUUCAUUUUAUUCAUGUAUUAGAGUUUGAGAUAAUUUGACAAUUAGGAUCUCUUUACAAUGAAAAAAUAUGAAUAAUUACCUUUUUGUACUCA